UGGCAUCCUCUUCUGACCACGCUGAAGGAGCGCGUUGAGGAGUUCACUGGCUACACCUUCAACUCUCUUCUCUGCAACCUCUACCGAAAUGAGAAGGAUGGCGUCGACUGGCACAGUGACGACGAACCAUCGCUGGGAAAGAACCCUGUCAUCGCCUCGCUCAGCUUUGGUGCUACCCGCACCUUUGAGAUGAGGAAGAAACCGUCCCCUGAAGAGAAUGGAGACUAUACUUACGUUGAAAGACUAAGAAUCCCACUUGAUCACGGGACUCUGCUGAUGAUGGAAGGAGCUACCCAGGAGGAUUGGCAGCAUCGAGUCCCUAAGGAAUAUCAUUCUAGAGAUGCACGAAUAAACUUGACCUUUAGGGUCAUUUUUCCAGAACCUGAUGGAGUUUGGAAGUGA